GUUCAUAUGUCCUAGUCGACGCUGCCGUUCAGUAGCAUAACACACGCUGGUGAAUUCAUUCAAGUCUGCGGCCAAUAUGUUCAUUGGAGUGACCUCCAUUGGAGGCAACGUUAAUUCACAUUACGACUACUUGAUUUGAGCAGGAGAUUGGUACAUAUUGACCAAAUAGGAAUAGAAGUCGAUUGGAAGAAAGUACAAAACACUACGCAGAAUGAAGUUAUAAGGGCGGGAGCAGAAGAGAAGGGGAAGGCAAUUUGCUAUCGCUAUUCAGCCACCAUUGUUGACGAAAGAUCGCUGACUUUAUUUCCAUUGCUUUGAGUCAUGGCAUUAGACUUCGUAGCAGGAUGCAUAGGAGGUUGCGCAGGAAUAAUUGUUGGUCAUCCACUUGAUACAUUAAAAGUCCAUAUACAGUCUGGCAGAGGAACUGCUCUGGAAUGUACGAAAGCGUUACUAAAAGGAGGGACACUAACCACAGCAUAUCGCGGCAUUGGAGCGCCUUUAGGCGGAGUAGCAUUCGUUAACGCUAUUGUGUUCGGUACUUACGGGAAUACUGUGAAAGCGCUGCCAAACCCAGAUUCAUUAAUGUCACACGCAAUUGCUGGAAGCACUUCAGGAUUACUUCAAAGUUUAGUAUGCGCUCCCAUUGAACUGGUUAAAACUAGACAACAACUCGCCAAACCGGGUGAGGGUAUUCCAAACGGAGCAUUUUCAGGAGCAAGAUACAUACUCAGAUCAGGCGGAUACAGAGCGUUGUUUCGUGGAUUAGGAAUAACAAUGGCACGGGACAGUCCAGCGUUCACGAUAUAUUUCGUGUCUUAUGAAGCGAUGACUCGGGGAAACCAAUCUGUAAUGCGAGUAUUCACUGCUGGGGGAAUCGCAGGGGCAUUAUCUUGGGUACUGUUCUACCCAGUAGACGUAAUAAAAUCCCGUCUCCAAGGUGAUGCUAUACGGAAAUACUCCAGUGCAUUGGACUGUUUUAAGCAGUCAUUACGACUAGAUGGAUGGAAAGGUAUGUUUAGAGGUCUGGGUCCGGUGAUAAUCCGCGCAUUUAUAAGUAAUGGGGCAUGUUUUACGGCUGUCGCUUGGACAGAGCGUGCCUGGCAGCAGUUACUGGAUCCAACAACACCUAUCACUCCACUAGCAAGUGCAUCAACUUCAGCAGUCAGUGAUAAUGUUGACUAUAUUUAUGACACAUGACGUAAUUUUCCAAAUAGGAAAGUUAUACAAGACAAGUGUUAUAAGGACUUCUAUGUAAAAUAUCACGGAGUAAGUCACAGGAGAUAAAAAAUAAAUAUGAAGUGAAUAAUUUAA